AAAGCAGAAUCCACGCCUUUUUUCAUUCAUUUUCUCUCUCUCUCUCUCUCUCUCUCCUCUUCUCUCACUCCGCUUUCUUCAGCGGAGCCUCCAACGUAACUUCACCAACUUCUUCAUCUACUCCAAAUCAUCCCCAAAAUGCAGAGCUCUGCAAUCUCAAUCUCACCUUCAAUUCCUCUUCUUAAAACUCGCAAAAACCCUAGUUUUCAACAGCAUCGUCUUAUUUCCUUCAAUUCACUUCCAAUUCGUCAUUCUCUCUCCUCUAAUUCCAGAAGUUUGUCUGUUGUUAGUAGUUUGAAUGAGGAUUCUAGCUUCAAUUUAAGCCGGCGAUCUUCGCGAUUUGAUGGAUUGGUUUCUUUGCCGUCGUUGAAGAAAUCGUCGGAGGAUGAAUUUGUUGUUAAAGCGACGUCGUUGCCGGAAAGUGCGGAUUCCGAUGAAGCACCGAAAGCGGCUUUAUCGCGGACUUUGGAACUAGGGAUUUUGUUUGGGCUUUGGUAUAUUUUUAACAUCUACUUCAACAUUUACAACAAGCAGGUUUUGAAGGCAUUUCACUAUCCCGUGACUGUCACAGUCAUUCAGUUUGCUGUUGGGUCAGUGCUUGUAAUCUUUAUGUGGAUGUUCAAUCUCUAUAAGAAACCGAAAGUCAGCGCUGGACAGCUAGCUGCUAUUGUGCCAUUAGCAAUGGUACACACCUUAGGCAACCUCUUCACCAACAUGAGUCUUGGUAAAGUGGCAGUAUCGUUCACUCACACGAUCAAAGCUAUGGAGCCAUUUUUCUCUGUUAUACUGUCUGCUGCCUUUUUGGGAGAGACUCCUACUCCUUGGGUUGUGCUCUCACUUCUUCCCAUCGUUGGAGGGGUGGCUCUUGCAUCUGUGACUGAGGCCUCUUUUAACUGGGCUGGCUUUUGGAGUGCUAUGGCUUCUAAUGUGACAAACCAAUCUCGUAACGUCCUUAGCAAGAAGGUCAUGGUAAAGAAAGAGGAAUCAAUGGACAAUAUCACACUCUUCUCCAUUAUAACAGUUAUGUCUUUUAUACUCUUAGCCCCAGCGGCUGUUUUCAUGGAAGGUGUCAAGUUUACUCCAACAUAUUUAGAAGCUGCUGGAGUGAAUGUCCAACAAUUAUAUACGAGGUCCUUGCUGGCUGCGCUUUGCUUCCAUGCUUACCAACAGGUUUCUUACAUGAUAUUGCAAAGGGUAUCCCCAGUUACCCAUUCCGUUGGUAACUGUGUGAAGAGGGUGGUCGUCAUUACGAGCUCUGUUUUAUUUUUCAAGACACCAGUUUCACUUAUCAAUGCUCUAGGCACUGGAGUUGCACUUGCCGGAGUCUUCUUGUAUUCCAGGGUAAAGCGCAUCAAGGCAAAGCCAAAGGCAGCUUAAUUUUGAUUUCUGGAAGUGCAUUUUACCUUUGUCUUGGAACACAUUUAUCAAUUAAUUGUAAGAACAAAAUUGUAGGUCAGGUGAGGCAUUUGUAAUUCUCCCCCAUAUUUUCAUGCAAAUGCUUUGGGGGUUGUGUUUAUCCUUCUUUUGAGAAAUAUUCAAAGUUUCUUGUAGACAAAUAGUGAAUGUUGUAGUUUUUUUUCUUGAUCUGAAAAUAGUUAUGAGAUGUAGAGUUCAAAAGUUUUUAUUCCCUAUCAUCAAUCUAAACGUCAGUAGUAUAUAUUCAUCA